UGGUUGCGUAAAACGUUCUGCGCAGCACGUGUACGCGAUCAGGCGAUCAGGCUCAUGCAUGUUAUCCUCACAUUUUCAGCAGCGAGCAAUUAUUUCAAAAAGUAUUGUUACUGUGAUAUUGAUAUUCGAUUCUUUGCGCCUAAAGUUUUUGUUGUGUGAGCUGGUAUAUUGAAGAUAACUGGUAUACUGCUACAUAUUGCAUAAUUUGCAUAUUCGUUGAUUCGAGUAUUAGACAAAAUUGUCUUGAAAUGACCUGGCUUGUUAUAAAAUUUGACGAUGAAGAUGCAGUAGAAGCUGUUCCGAAUACGUGGUACAUCGACAAAAAUUCACAAUGUUAUUGGCCACCAAAAGGCACUAUACAACAUGUUAUAAUAGAUUUUAUAAAAAAGAAGCAUCUUCCUACGACAGACUGGAUGCUUUAUAAAGCUAGUUGUUUGGGCACUUAUGAUACUUAUAAAAAAGCGCAUCAAAAAGCAAAUAAGGCAAAAAGUACAAAUAAUCUGGCUUCUAAUAGUGAAGAGUUAACACAGAAAAAGAGACGUAAUAUGAAAAAUAAAAAGCGCAAUUACAUAUCUGAAAGUGAAUCAUUCUCUGAAAGAGAUAUAUCAUCUGCAGAUGAUGAAGUGUAUCCUGAUCCUGAUGUUUUAAAUCUUGACAAACAAAUCGACUCAAUCAAUAGAAUGAAAACUCAAAUAGAAAAUAACACUCAUAAGAAUAAUAAAGCCAGAAUUACUACUAUUUCUGAUAAUAUUACUCCUAUUGCUAAUAUUCUUGACUCAAGUCGUAAAUCUAACUCGGCUUUGGAAUUAAAUUCUGGUGAAAAAGAUGAAUUUAAAAAACGGAUUUUCAGAGAAUUACACAUUCUGAGUUUAAAAAUUGAUGAUAUUUCUGAAGGUGUAAAUGUCCUACUGAAAAAGAAAGCAGAUGCUGAAGUACAAAAACCUGUAUGUAAGGAAAUUCCCGAAAUUAUGCAAUCAUUUCCCGUAAAUGAUAAUUCUUUGGUUAAAUUAGAGGACUGGUUAAUACAAUCUGAAGAGAAUAAAGCAAUUUUGUCUCAAAAUUUAAGUCGCAUUGGAGGAUGUACUCUUAAAGAAAUUGUUCGGAGAAUUAUGUAUUGCAUUUUUACUAACGAAGUGGGUAUAUCUUACUCCUGGGAAGGAGCAAAGAAAAAAAAAGUUUUUAAAAAUUUAGCUGUGGCGUCUGUGAUUUUGUCUGCUGUACGUCUUAAUAAAAACAUGCAAGAAUGUACAGACUCAGAAAUCAUAUGCUUUGUAAAAGCGUGGCUUGUGAGAAGUAAAGAUCGCUUUAAUAAUAACAGGGACAAAAAUAUAGCUCCUCAAAGAGUUGAAACAAUUGAAGACAACUAAAUAAUAAUGAAACAAUCUCAAAUAAAGAUUCGAAAUAUUUUAGUUUUUAGAAGGAAGGAAGAGUGCAAUUAGUGUUACAAUUUUUUUUAUUUUAUAAAGUAAAUUUAAAAAUUUAUGUUAUAUUACAUGUGUAUUAAUUAAUACGUCUAAUUUAUUUGAAAAAAACAUUGCCUAGUAUAAAUAUACUCGGUUGUUUAUACAUGUAAAAUUAUAUGACUUUUUAAGUAAAUAAAACUAUUGUAUAUUUUUA